GUAUUCAAAAAUGACGCGCAUUUUACAUAGAAACGACACUUAAAAAUCGAUAUACUCGUCUUAUUACAGGUUACAGAACAAGAUGCUCAUUUCGUAGACAUUUCUUGUUACUAACGCGUAAUAAAUUUCUUGAUAACGAAAUAUUACCGCUCAGUACAUAUUUAAAAUAACCGUAAAUAAUAAUUAUUUUAAAUAACUCCAGUAAAUUAUUCAAUAAUUAAUUAAUUAAAUAAUUCAUUAACGAAUGAUAUGAAGCUACAAUUAUCAAUAAUAUUUAAUACAACUACAAGCUUUCAGCAACAGACAUUGAACAAUUAAGUCGUUUUGCAUCUGGUGGUUACUGCGACGAUUCAACAAUCGUUUAUCUCCAGCAUCCCUGUGUAAUAUUAACAGCCCUCGAAGUUCUUGGUUACAAAGUUGUCGCUUCCUCAAGUACUAGUGUAAAACAAGACUACAAUGAGUAUAUGUGGACUAUGAGAAAAGAUUUCGCAGAACCUGAGCCAGAUCCUAUACCUAUUGUUAAGACAGAUAAAAUUAAUAUAAAAAACGCAGAGGAAGAGUUAAUAUUUAAAUUAGAAAUAAGAAAUUGUUGAUUGUUAUUAUGGAUAAGAAAAUAAAUGAUCAUAAUCAUGCUCAUGAUCAUGAUACAUGUAAAUUAGACAGUGGAACAAAUGUGCGGCAGACUAUUUCUGAAAUGGAUUUUGAACGCGGAAUUUGGUAUGCAGCUCAGUCGAAUGACAUCGAUCGUGUAAAAAAACUUUUGGACAAAGGAGCAUCGGUUUCUGAAGAAGAUUCUGCUGGAUAUAUGGCCCUACAUUAUGCAGCAAGGGCUGGACACUAUGAUGUAUGCAAGCUUCUUUUAGAAAAUGGCGCUAAGGUUAAUGCUAUCACGCGAUGUGGUCGGGCUACGGCACUCCACAGAGCUGCUAUGAGAGGACAUGAAAACAUCGUACGUUUGCUGUUUAAAUUUGGCGCGGAUUUAAAUCUUCAGGAUGCUGAUGGAUAUACUGCUUUGCAUCGUGCAGCUUUAGCGGGUUCUCAAGGUGUCUGGAAGAUUUUAAUUGAUAAAACAAAUCUAGAUAUUGUUGAUAAUAACAUGAAUACUGCGCUACAGUUGGCUAAGAUUCAAAAUAAAUUCUCUGUUGAUUAAUAAUUUUAUUAUUCAUAAUAAAUAAAAUAUUCAUUCUUUAAACUGGAAUUAAUUUUUUUUAAAAAUAAGUUAUGAGAUAUUUAAUUUUACUAAAUAUCAUUUUAUAUUUUAGUAUUUAUUUAUUAGAGUGUACGAGGUGAUCUCUUCAGUGAAUGAACACGGCCAAGUAGCACAGAAAAACUUCAUGUCUUGUAAGAGGACAAGAUAAAUUUUAUUUUGUCUCAAAGCCAAGUUCUUUUUUCAUAUCGCGUGACAAAUGCCAAAAGGGCGUACUACAGCAGUUAGAUAGGGUUUUGUGCCAAAAGGGCGUAUAAAAAAAAUUUUUUUUGCCAUUCAACUCAAAUUUUUUCAAAACGUCAAAAUAAAAAAAAAAAUUUUUUUGAAUUACUAACGCCAAAAGGGCGUAUAAAAAAAAUUUAUUUUUGUUUAUUACAAAACAUGUAAAUAAUGCUAUAUCAGAAUAAAUAUGAAAGGUGAAAAAUUUAACUAUAUGUAGUUCAAUUUUUGUAUACAAAGGGGCAAAAUAGGUGAGCGAAAAUCAGUACUGAAAAACUUGAGAAAAAAUUUUUUGUUCUCAGAAUUUUUAUAAAAAAGUUAAUUGUUUUUUUUUUUUUAGUUUUAUUUGACUCCAUUUGGAAUUUUCGAAAAUUACCUAAUUUUUUUUCUUUACUCUUUCUCAAGCUAUUAUGUGAGAUUUAAAUUUAAAAAAUCUGAAAACCGCCUGACCCUGCGGGCCAGCCUCAAAACGUCCCGCUGUUUUCGAGCUCAGGGAGCUCAAAAACAUUGUUACUUGUAAAUUUUUGAACUUUUCGAGCUCAAAAAUCUAUUAGGCCGGUAAAACAUACCUUCACUGAAAAAAAAUAAUUUUUGUCCGAUGAUAUCUUUGGAACGAAUCAACCGAUUUGAACGUUCUUGGUGGCAAUCGUGAGGGCUCACCAAGACUUAAAACUGAUUAUGUUUUGAGGCAAAUCGGGCAAGAGGUUUAACUUCGGUUUAUCAGCUACACGCAAAAAACCGAAAAACAAAAUUUUUUUCAAUUUUUAUUUUUCGUAUAACUUGUAAACUACAUGAUCGAUCGACUCCAAAAUCUAAUCAAUGUUAAGUCUUGAUGGGCUCUUUCGAUUGCUAUCAAGAACCUUUAAAUCGGUUCAUUCGUUUCAAAGAUAUGGCCGGACAAAAAAAGCUUACCCCCCCCACACACGCGGACGCCCAUCCGGAAAUAGUCGGAAUAGCUUCCUAGGACCUCAAAACGUCGACAUCUGAUGAAAACUCGAUUUUCGAAAAUCGGACCGAAACUGAUAACUUCCCUUUUUUUGAAAAUUUGCAAUUUUCAUAGUGGGAAGUUAAAAAAAAUAAACUGUUUUAAACGCUUCUAAAAUAAAACAAUUCAAAUUUUUCAUUUUCCACCGUAGAAUAUGUUUGACAGACGAUUAGGAAAAAAAAUUUUAUACGCCCUUCUGGCUUUAGAUCACAAAAUUUUUAAGUUCCUAAAGCAAAAAGGGCGUAUAAUUUGAGACAUACGCCCUUUUGCCUUUGGAAAUUUUUUUUUUCAUUUUUAAAUGAAAAUAAUAAAUAUAUAAUAGAUUUUUAAUAGAAAAGCUUAGAAUAUAUGUUCGUAAAGUGAUUGGCAAAAAAAAAAAUUUUUGUACGCCCUUUUGGCUUUGCAACGCCAAAAGGGCGUCGAUAUUGGUAUACCUUUGGAAGGGUAUACGCCCUUCUGCCAUUUGUCACGUGAUAUAAUAAAAAAGUAUAUAUGUUGGUUGUAGAAGUCACAGAAAAUUUGAUCUUUUUCUCGUCUUAAAAAAUUAAGGCUCGGCCGUACCGAAUGAAAUCUCGAAUUUAACAUUUCUAAUUACGUUUUGAAUAUUUAUGGGACUCGAAUGAUGAAAAUUUUCCUUAGUCUAUAUACGGUUCGAAGACUACAGAAUCCGUUACCGUGAUUUCCGUGACCUUCGUGGACCGUAUCCUCCGCCGUCCAUUUUAUGACUUGAAAUUAAAGGCUUUUUUAAUUGAAAUGAUUUUUUGAAGACGGGAAAAAGAAUACAAAUUUUCUAUGACUCCUAGGACCAACUUCUGUACGUCUUAUUUAUAAAAAAACUUGGAUUUGAGACAAAAUAAAAUUAGACUUGUUUUUUAAAAGACAUCUUAAAGUUGUUUCUGCACUACUUGGGUAGUAGACAUUUGUCAAUUAUCAUAAUUUUGAAAAAAAUAAACAAAAUGUAAAUCGAAUAAAAAUAAAAAA